GCGGCCGGAGGUGGUGCGCGCCCACAUCUAUCUUUGCAGAGAUCCUUCCAGGCUUCCCCUUCCCCAAGCAGGCUGAGGAGGAGAGGAAGCAAUCCCCUCACCCAACUUCACCCUCUUCUGCUCUUUCCGGUGCUGGCUGGCUUCUCCCUUCAUGCUACACCGAGUAAUGAGGUAGUGUGGAAGGGAUUCUGGGAAAACCAGGAUGUCUGGGUUCUUUAUCCUUGCUCCGUUUGAUGCUGGUUAAGGAGCUUCCUCCCCAGAGCCUCGGUUUGCCCAUCUUUAAAACUGACAGACCUGCGUGCCUUUGCAAAGGUGCCCAAAGCCCUGGUGAGAGAGAUAACGGAUGGGAAGCAGCUUUCAUUUGAAGAAGCGGCCGAAAUGUUUGCAUCCCAACCAUGUAGGAUGCAGCGGCGCAAGAUUUUUCACGUGCCCCACACCCUCCUUGGAUGCUGGAGGAAAUUAUUACGCCAGGGGGUUGAGAUUAGAAUCUAGGGGCACAGUGAAAGGGAAGCCUAAUGACUGAGCCGCGAGCUUUGGGGCGUCACUCUCCCUACAAUUGACCCAAGCCAGUCAAGAAGCAGCACGAGUAGUAGCUUGCGCUGAGCACGCAUUCCUCCCGGACUCUGGACCGCUGGGAAGAAAGCGCAGCUGCUCCCUUGUACUCCUUUUCCUUUAGGCAAAAGGCCGGUCCACGCUGUCCUGAACUGGAAAGGGAUGACUGCAUUGAGUGUGCACUUCACAAUUCACAAGGAAUGGCAGGUUUGAACAAAUCUGCUUGAUAAGGCCUUAGCGUCGCCCAUUUAAUUCAUUCUGUGGACAAUUACUUAUUGAGCACCUACUGUAUACCAGUUAGUUAGAACCUGGGCAGUCUCUCCCCUCUUUUCUUUUCUCAAAGUCGCUUAAAGGAGACCAGAGGACAGAGGGAGGCACUCGGUAACCUAGGAGUCCUGGCUCCGCCCCUUCUGCCUUUGGCCUUGUCUGCUCCUCCCAUCACCACUCAGAGGCGGCUACUGGCCCGCAACGGAGAGCGAAAGCACAGCCUCGGGCUUCAAGCCCUGUGGCUGGGAAGACAUCUGAUGGUACAUCGCUGGUCCGUCCUGCCUCAGUUUUGGGGGCCAUUCGGAAAGCUUUCCGAUAAGGAUUCUCAGUGAGGCCGCACUCGAUUAAAUCGGUCUGUCUCUCCAGACCAAGGAGGCGGGCUCGCCGCAGCCGCUUCAAGGCCAAAGCUAGAAGAGCUUACUGCGCAAGCGCAGUAGCCUGCGAUGGAGCCACCAAUGGAGCAGUCCGGAGGGGAGCAAGAACCGGGAGCUAUCAGGCUUCUGGAUCUGCCCUGGGAAGACGUGCUGCUCCCGCACGUCCUGACCUGGGUCCCGCUGCGCCAGCUGCUCCGGCUGCAGCGCGUCAGCCGCGCCUUCCGGGCGCUCGUGCAGCUGCACCUGGAGGGGCUGCGUCGCUUCGACGCCGCUCAGGUGAGCCGGGGACGGCAGCCCCGCCCCCGCGUGAGCCCCACCUCCGCGUGGCCCCGCCCCCGUCACGCCUCCAGCCCGGCACUGAGUCUCGGUGCCUCCCGCCCGCAGGUGGGGCCCCAGAUUCCAAGGGCCGCGUUAGCUCGGCUACUGCGGGAUGCCGAGGGGCUGCAGGAGCUGGCGCUGGCUCCGUGUCACGAAUGGCUGUCGGACGAGGACCUGGUGCCAGUACUGGCACGGAAUCCGCAGCUCCGGAGCGUGGCCCUGGCCGGCUGCGGCCAGCUGAGCCGCCGAGCGCUGGGGGCACUGGCUGAGGGCUGCCCGCGUCUGCAGCGCCUUUCGCUCGCUCACUGUGACUGGGUGGACGGGCUGGCACUACGUGGCCUCGCCGACCGCUGCCCGGCUCUUGAGGAACUAGACCUCACCGCCUGUCGCCAGCUCAAGGACGAGGCCAUCGUGUACCUGGCGCAGAGACGCGGCGCGGGCCUCCGCAGUCUCUCGUUGGCUGUCAACGCCAAUGUGGGGGACACCGCGGUCCAAGAGUUGGCCCGAAACUGCCCGCAACUCGAGCACCUCGACCUCACAGGCUGCCUUCGCGUCGGAAGCGACGGUGUCAGGACCCUGGCGGAGUACUGCCCGGCGCUGCGCUCGCUGCGGGUGCGGCACUGCCACCACGUGGCCGAGCCCAGCCUGAGCCGCUUGCGGAAACGUGGUGUGGACAUCGACGUGGAACCCCCGCUGCACCAGGCCCUGGUGCUACUCCAGGACAUGGCAGGAUUCGCGCCCUUUGUCAACCUGCAGGUCUAACGGACUUUCCUUGGGGUGGGAGCACAGCUGGACUGUGUAGCCGGGGCCUGACACUGAGCUGUAGGGAACUGAACUGUGGGGGCCUGGGGUUGAGAGGCCUGUGACAUACCCUGUCCCACCCUGGAGUUUCAAAUAAAGAGCUUUUUACCCCUU